CAUUUCCUUUAUGUUUCUUCGCAUUUGCGUUUCCUAAAUCGAAACUUAUGUUUCUCUCUCCACCCGAUUGGGUAAACCACAGUCAAAUUUCACUGUACAUCUUCUUCACAGUCUAAUCUUGGCCAUAGAUUCCUCAUCUUUACUCUGACUUUCACAAACAACACACUAGGGUUUUUCACUUUCCAUUUUAUUAGGGUUUUUCUCUUCUUUUUUCUAUAUAAACCUUCCGUCUUCUCCAAUUUCUACGUUUGUUCCUUGAAGGGUUUUAGAGCGAGAGAGAAAAGAGAGAGAAAACAGUUGUUUUGGAUUGAGAGAAAGAAGAGCUGGUUUUAUGUCGGUAAAUUCAUUGGUUGUGAUUAGGGCUCCAUUGAAGCUCUGUAUUUCAUCUGCUCUGUUCAUCUGUUCUUUCUGUUGUUUCACUCACCAUAGGUUUCUCUUUUCUCCUUCUACUGUUUCGAUGCCUUUGAGGCAAAAAAGGAUUUCUUCUGGAGUAAACGGUUUUGGUCGAUUUCACAUAAAACGAUUCUUCAAAUUUUUUGUGUUCUUCGGAGGGCCUGUUACAUAGUCAUAAGUCACUACCUGAGUUUUGUUCAAGUUUCGUUUAUUAUUAUUAUUUUUUUUCUUUUUUUGGGGUAUACAAAUGGUUGGUUUUUGGAAGAAUAAAGCCAAGUUUCAAGAAUCAAACAAACCCAUGAGAACAAUUCGAGUCAUUUGUCAUGAUCCUGAUUUAACUGAUUCAUCCGAUGAUGAUAAUCCCAACAAAAAACCCUACGGAUCAAAGAAGAUUGUCCGGGAAAUCAAGAUUCCAUUGAUCGGCGACGGAAAUAUCUGUACUGAGAGUUCUUGUCAAGGUAGCAACAAUGGAGAAAACAACACUGGGAAAAAGAAGAAGGGUUUGUCUAAAACCCUAAGUAAGCCUUCAUCUCCUCCAACUCCGGCAGCGUCUGUUUCAAAAUACAAAGGAGUUCGCCGGAGAAAAUGGGGUAAAUGGGCUGCGGAAAUCCGUGAUCCGUUCAAGGGAAGAAGGCUUUGGCUUGGCACUUAUAACACUGCUGAAGAAGCUUCCAUGGCUUAUUCAAUCAAAAGGCUUGAAUUCGAUAAAAUUGCCGAAUCUCUCAAGAUUAACAGUAAUAACCCUGAUCAUGCUCUGGUUUCUCAACCUGAAAAGAAUACCGUUUUUGAAGAUUCCGGGAGUUCGAUUUCAGCUGUUUGUUGUAAUAUCAAGCAGACAGAUGGUGAUGGUGAUGAGAUGAAGAAAAUAGAAACAACUAAUUUUCCCGAAAUUGAUCAAGAAUUUGAUCUUGGAUUGGAACUUGAUGCUGCGUUUUUGGACAAAAUUUUACCACCUGGUAAUCAAUUUGGCGAUCUUGAUGAUUUUGAGCUCAUUGGGUUUGAUGGUGAUGAAGCUAGCAAUUUGCCUGAUUGGGAUUUUGAAGAAUUUGAUCAGGAAGAACUUGCUUGGAUGAACACAUUGAAGAUCGAUGAGCCAUUGUUGAAUGAGUUUUGCAGUUAGGAAUCAAAUAACAAGUAAUUUUUUGUACCUGAUGAGGAAGAAAGAAGAGGGGUUUUUUGUGCUGUAGCACAAUCAUAUAACGAGGCUGCGGAAAUAGUCUUUAUCAAUAAAUAGUCUUUAUCAAUAAAUAAACCUUAUUAAUCUUUUCUUCUUA